AUGGUUAACACUGGAAGAGGACAGAAUCUGAACCGUCGACAGAGGAGAGCUGCACGUAGGCAGCAAGAACACCUGCAACGUCAGCAAAUGGAGGAAGAGCAGCAACGACUUGAGUUUCAGGAUGAGGGUCAGCUUCAGGAGGAGCAAGAGGAAGUUCAGGCUCCGGCUCAGGUUACCACCAUAGUGGAGAUGAUGGCAUUGACUUAUGAUGAGUUCAGUGCACGCUUUGAAGAAAAGUAUUUCCCUUAUGCAGUUAGGGCAGCCAUGAAGACUGAAUUUCUUAAUCUGCAGCAAGGGAACAUGACAGUGGCGGAGUAUGAACAGCAGUUCACACGCUUAUCUCUCUUUGCACCGGAGGAGGUGGAUACAGAGGAGAAGAAGCGCAACAGUUUUGUCAAGGGACUGAUGUGGUCUAUCAAGAGAGCUAUUACUGGUAGUCCAGCCUACACUACUUAUGCUCAAGUGGUGGACGCAGCUUUGCAGCUUUAUCAACUGAAUGAGGAUUUCAGACAGACUAGGGCUGAGAAGCGGGGUGGCAAAGAUUUUGCUAAUCAGCUAGCUGCGAAAGUGAAGGAUAAUGGGAACCGACAGAAUGACAAGGGCAGAUUCCGGGGCCAGCAGCCUUGGAAGAAGCACAAGGGUAAUUCAGAAGUUCAGAGAGAGGGAGUUUCCACUCAGCAGACUGGAGCACCUCAGACUGGACUGGGACAGCUACAGGGUAAUCACCAGGAGGGGCAGUCAAGUAUAUUUAGGGGUCAUUGCUAUAAGUGUGGAGAUUAUGGGCAUUCAGCCAAACGGUGUCCUGGGUUGGCUCAGAAACAGCAUGGGCAACAGGGACAGUGGCAACCAUUACCUACUCCACAGAUUCCACGUGUGCAGGCCCAGACAUUUUCGGCCUUACCAGCACCACCGCCACCACAGGGACAGCCUAUACAGCAGUUGCAUCAGGGUAUGGUGUACAAUGCCACACCUUGCAAUGCAUGGGUACCUCAGAAGAAUUGAGGUUGUAGAAGGUCAAGUCUCAAGGUUGAGGAUCCGCAGCUGGAGGACUUAUCCAUUCCUUCUAUUUACUUAAAAGUAGGAUAUUAGUUUUGUUUCAGUUGAUAUUAGUACUUAAUUGGUUGAAAUUCUAAAUAGUAACUUUUGGUUAAGGGGUCCUUGAGUUACGGGAUUCCCGAGUUGUAACCAUUUGGAAGUUAUUAAUGGAUUUACUAUUAAUUGGAUUUCUUCAGCGUUUUAUUUUAUUCUUUAUUUCAUUUUGUAAUCCGUGCUUGUUUAAAUACUUUAAUUGGUUUGAUAUCCCCUGAUUUUGUGCGCGGACUUGAUCAACCCGUGUUCCGAAAUUAGGGGGUAUUACAGUUGGUAUCAGAG